AUGGCGAGUCUAGACACAACUUCUGCAGCUUUACAAUGGACAAUGGCAGAGCUAAUCAACCAUCAAGAUUGCUUGACAAAGAUCAGAGACGAGAUCAAAUCGGUUUUAGGAACAAACACGCAUCGGUUAAUCAAAGAAUCAGAUUUGAAGAAGCUUCCUUACUUACAAGCAGGUAUCAAGGAGGCAUUGAGACUUCAUCCAGUGGAGAUCAAUGGGUACGAUGUAAAAUCAGGGACAAAGAUCUUUGUAAAUGCUUACGGGAUAAUGCGUGAUCCAACCACAUACAAAGAUCCUGACAAGUUUAGACCUGAGAGGUUUCUUGUGGUGCAAGAAAACACAGAGAGAAAGAUUGGUUAUUACCAGCAGCAAUAUAUGUUGGAACUAAAGGGACAGGAUGUGAAUUAUCUUGCGUUUGGGAGUGGAAGAAGAGGAUGUCUUGGAGUUUCUCAUGCUUCUCUUCUUUUAAGUCUCACUAUCGGAUCACUUGUGCAGUGUUUUGAUUGGAAAGUGAAAGGGGACGAAGACAAAAUCAAGAUCAAGAUCAAGUUACCUAAUGGGUUUUCGGCUUCAGGCACCGCAGGAGGAAGUUCUCUUAUGUGUUCUCCUGAUUUGUAUUUUGAUCCAUUCGGAAACCAAACUUAG